UUUUCAUUCCGCACACAGCUUAAAAUGCUUUCAGUUAGAUCUAACGUACAGGCAAACUGCAAAAUAAAUAUGUUCACAUUCUCAAUUACCCAUGGCACACGCUCACCCCCAUUUCCAUCGCGCGCACAGCACAGCACAGCUUCAUCUAGUGGUGUUGUGAAAGAGGUGCAGCACUUUGAAAUCAGUUGAGAACGUAUGAUAACUGCUUCGCAGCAUCCAGACCCUCAGAGAAGACCUUUUCAUGAAGAGAAGGUGGAUAUUGGCUCGGUUCGUGUUGUGAGAUGUGGUAUACCAACCAUGGCAAGGGGUCUGUUGCCAUGGAUCUGGCUGAGAAAGCCCAUCUACAUCCAGACCCGGUUUUCUUACCUGCACAUGAAGUACCUGUUCUUCUCCUGGCUGGCGGUGUUUGUGGGCAGCUGGGUGGUGUACGUGGAGUACUCCUCAUACACAGAGCUGUGCCGGGGCAGGGAGUGCAAGAACGCAAUCUGUGACAAGUACAAGAAAGGAGUGAUUGAUGGCUCGGCGUGCAGCAGUCUGUGUGAGAAGGACACUCUUUACCUCGGGAAGUGCCUGUCUGCCAAGCCUAACAACCAGGUGUAUUCUGGGAGCUGGGGUGACCUGGAAGGAAUCAUUAAGUGCCAGAUGGAAGAGGUGCCUCACUACGACCUGGUGGCCGAGAUGGAGCCCAGGAAGGAGACGGCGUCUUUCGACAAGCCCACCAAGGGCACGUCUGUGGAGAAGUUUAAGGAGAUGGUCCUCAGCCAUUUAAAGACAAAAGUGGGCGAUCAGGCUAACCUUCAGGACCUGGCAACCCUGGUGCUCGGGGUGGCCGACGCCAACAAGGACGGGGAAAUCUCCCUGUCGGAGGCUCGCUCCUCCUGGGCCCUGAUCCAGCUCAACGAGUUCCUGCUGGCCGUGGUCCUGCAGGACCGGGAGCACACGCCCAAGCUGCUGGGCUUCUGUGGGGACCUGUACGUGGUGGAGAAGGUGCCGUACGCACCGCUGUACGGCAUCAGCCUGCCGUGGCUGCUUGAGCUGUGGAUCCCAGCCGGCCUGCGGCGGAGCAUGGACCAGUGGGUGACGCCGUCGUGGCCGCGCAAGGCCAAGAUCUCCAUCGGCCUGCUGGAGCUGGUGGAGGACGUCUUCCACGGCACAUUCGGCAGCUUCCUCAUGUGCGACGUGAGCGCAGCAGGCUUCGGCUACACCGAGCGCCACGACCUGAAGGUGGUGGAUGCGCGGCGGAUCGUGCCCGAGGCAGCCUUCCAGGAGGUCAUGCGCGAGCGCCGCUGCGAGACGGACGCCGACUGCGUCUACGGUGUCGACUGCCUGACCUCCUGCGACCUCACCAAGCACCGCUGCACCACAGAGGUGACGCAGCCCAACCUGGCCAAGGCCUGUGGCGCGCUGAAGGACUAUCUCCUGUGGGGGGCGCCGUCAGACGUGCGCGAGGAGCUGGAGAAGCAGCUGUACGCCUGCAUCGCGCUCAAGGGUGCCACCGAGCAGAUGGAGAUGGAGCACUCGCUCAUCCUCAACAACCUCAAGACGCUGCUGUGGAAGAGGAUCUCGCACACCAAAGACUCCAAGUGAGACACACAGAGACAGACAGACAAGACGCCUGUCCAGGGAGGCGGGCAAGGCAUGGCUCCUGUUCCUGGAUGGUAUGAUGCAUCAGGCUGGCCUUUUAAAUGCGUGCAGUCUGGACUGGAAUAUAUGAAUUACCACUCCUUCUUGAUCAGGUCACCACUGAAUUUUUGAUCCGAUUGAUUUAUUUUUAACUUAAACUUUAACUUAUGCUGUGUUUUAAUUGAGGACAAUGGGCAUCUUCUUGCAACACGCAAGUCUAUGACCUUUUUUAAGAAGCCCUACAAAAGAUGAAACCACUAAAGAGCAGGCAAACUGCUAGUGGACAUUCAUGUCCUCCUCCGGGGACCAAUGGGAGCUCUGUAGAAUCGGCAGGACGUCAUGCUACUCUCUUCCACAGCCUCGCUGGACACAACUGGAC